AUGUUCAGCACCCCCCAUCGCCCGUCCGCCCUCCCGCACCUCCCAGACCUCAAACCAUUUCCCGCCCAGCACAUCGACAACGAGAAAACGACACCGCCCAACUCCUCACCGCCCACAAAGAUGUCCUCCACGGCCUUUCCGCACCAUGGCAAGACGCCCGCUGCUACUAGCAUGCGCAGUCCGUACAAGGCGUACAGAAGUCCUUUUGGUCCUCAGUACAAGAUUGCAAAGCACUACCACGGCAUCACCGUUAACACGCUCAUGAAGUAUGGUGUCCUCGCUGGAGGCUUCGGCGGCGCAGCCGGUUUCUUCGCCCUCUUCUUCUUCGCCGAGGUGCCAAAGGUGCGCGACGACAUCAUGAAGAAGAUUCCGGUCCUGGACAAGUUCUUCACAAAUGAGAUUCCGCCAGAGGACAACCCGUUUUAG